AUGUUCAAAAAGUUUGACGAAAAGGAGGACAUUUCCUGUACAAAUAAUGCUAAGAACUCCAUCGUGAAAUCUUUACGCACUCGACUGACUGAAGGUUAUGGCAUUGAUAGUAAAAUGGUUGAUCAGAUUUUACCCAAGAAAGAUGUUGUAAAACACAUAAAGUGUCAUGAACAUGUCGACUUGUAUUCAGAUUCUGACGGUGAAGUCAUGUUUUUCCGACAACGUGAGGGUCCGUUUAUUCCAUCGCUGAGAUUGCUUCAUAAAUAUCCUUUCAUCCUACCUCAUUUACAAGUUGACAAAGGUGCUAUCAAGCAUGUUUUAAAUGGGUCAAAUAUUAUGUGUCGUGGUUUGACAUCACCCGGUGCUCGGAUGACAGAAGUUCCUAAGGAGUCAGUUGUUGCUGUAAUGGCAGAAGGCAAAACAAAUGCACUCGCAGUUGGUAUUACUAUGUUAUCUACUGAUGAGAUCUUAUCAACCAACAAUGGCAUUGGGGUCAAAAAUGUACAUUAUUUGAAUGAUGGAUUAUGGCGUCUCAAAGGCGUACGAUAG